AGCCUUGUUUCACGCUCAACUAGUUAGGUCUAGCCAAAAUGGCGAGCUUCGUGUAGGGGUCGAGUGUGAUUUCAUGUCACAUUUCGAGCAUUUUAAAAGAAAGCAGCCAUCUGUCUAGUGAACCAUGUUGUCCAGCUUUGGUCUGCGGGCGGUAGUGAGGUCUUCUUUCGGUGUUCUGUGUGAGAGUUCCGCUCUGUGCUCCGCGGUGUGCGUCCAGCCCUGGAGGCGCAGCUCCACUUUAUCUGGACCGACAGGCAACGGAGUUGCAGGAAGCUUCGAUGUGCCGGUUAGAAAUUACGCUCGUGUCGCAACGAAAAAGAAGACUGGCUCUGUCAGCCAACUCGAUGAUCUUCCUCCAUCAUUGCUGAAGAAGGAUUAUGCUGCAGUCCCUCUUGCGGACGGACGACCUUGUCAAACGUCUUCUUUCUCUGGAACUGGCAAGUCAUAAAGAGAAACUACAACUGAAGAAAGAACAGCUGAUUGCAAAGGUCCAGCAGGAUGAGACUGACCGUGACUCGGUGGAGGUCAGAGUGGCCGAUCUGACGGCAAGAAUUCGAAACUAUCAGGAGCAUUUGGAAAAACACCGCAAGGACAAAGCCAAUAAGAGGCGGAUGCUGAUGAACAUUGACCGGAGGAAAAAGCUUCUGAAAAGGCUGCGGCUGACUAACUAUAACAGCUUUGAGAAGGUGUGUGAACAGCUUGGCAUCACCUACAUCUUCCCCCCAGAGUACUACAGACGGGCGACCAAACGCUGGCUGGCCAAGAAGGAAUUCUGCAUCAAGGUUUUCAAGGCUGUGCAGAAGCAGAAAGCGGAGCAACGGCUGAAGCAGAGUUCACGCAACACGGACGAAAGAAAAUCCAACUAAAGUUCAAAACCAAUAAAAGUAGUCUACGUAACCUUCA